AUGAGUGCUGAAGAAGAAUACAAGCCCGUGUUAACGCGAAAAAAUCGCCUGGAAUUGUUUGAGUUUCAAGAAUGUGAAGAAAUAUUGAAAAGCCUGCUGGCAGACACCCAGACAGAGGGCAUCCUAAAGAGUUUUGAAAUUGUGCCAGCGACGGAGAAUACUGGGUUUUUAGGUGAAUACUUUCAUCUGAAAGUUACAUAUCAACUAGAAAAUGUGGAGGAGGAGCGAACAGCACGACUCUUUGUCAAAUCGGUUAUAUAUCAAAAUGCGAACAUGGCCUUCUACAUGGAGAAGAUGCAAUUUCUCAAGAAAGAGGCCAUGCUGUAUAAUAAACUGUUGAACGAGUUGAAGACAUUGUCGCCCCAUGUUUGGUGUGCGAAAUGCUAUUACACUCGCGAUGAUCUGUUUGUGAUGCAGAAUAUUGAGGACUUGGGAUAUGUAGCCGUGCCAGAAGAGACACGCUUUCUCAACGAAUCUCAGCUGCGCCCGAUUCUUAAGGCUCUGGCCACACUGCAUGCCAGUAGCAUGGCCUAUGAGCGCAAGCACAAGCUCACCAUUGGAGUAGAGCUGGGGGAGUGUCUGAAGGAAAUGACUGUAGACCCCGACGUUACUUGGUGGACCAUAGGCAUAAAGACUGUGCUCGCAGUAGCUGCAAUGCAUCCGAUGGUCCUUGAAGAUCCUCAGGCCCAGUCAUAUAUAGCCAACGAACUACCUCGUCUUCUUGACAACGUCUAUUAUAUGGUCAAUUCUUCUCCCUUGCAUCGUAAUGUCUUCUGUCAUCGGGACGUCUGGAGCGGCAAUGUUUUCUAUCACAAGCUACGCCCGGAAACGGAGGGCUGUGUUCUUGUGGACUUCCAGCUUUGUCGUUACUCUCCUCCAGCCAUCGACUUUCUCAUGGCCUGUUUUUUGAAUGUGGAACCGAAAGAACGCCAAGAAAUGCAGCAACGCUGCAUUCUACACUAUCAUGACAGCCUGAGAGCAGAAUUGUUAGCCAUGGGCAUCGAUAUAGAGCUUGAACUUAAUCGCAAGGAUUUCGAGCAGUCCCUGAAGGAUUUUGCGCUCUUUGGUGCUACCUAUAAUUGUGCUGCAGCGACUAUCCUACGUCUACCCAAUAACUAUCUUAAGAAACUGAAGGAGACACAGCCUGCGGACUUUCAUCGCUUCUGCAAUGUUGAUCGGCGGCCAGAGGUGCUGAGACUAAUAAGCGAACACGAUGAGUUUCGACGCUAUAUGUAUGACUGUGUGGCAGAUCUCUUGCAAUUAACAUAUUAUAAUAAAGAUAUUUUAUGAUGACCAACAACCGACCAUUACCAAAA